AUGCCUCCGGCGCCGUGGUCCCAGGACUCGACGGUAGUGACUGAGCUUGCAGGGGUUGAGGCUAUAGCUACUGACGCGCCGAGCCCGCCGCCUGUCUCUUCGACAGUCCUAACCAAGCUCGUGGCUGCAGAAGUUCUCGGUACGCCGUCAGCUGCUGAAGGGACCACCUCCUCCGAUGAUCUCGGGAAGUUAUAUGCCAGCCUCUAUGAAGAAGUAGGUAGCUCGGCCUCGACUCCUUUGGACGAGGAUUCCAGGGCCGUCAUUGAAAGGCUCCGAGAGUUCCUAUUCCUUGGGGUUCACCAAAUGACCACUUCUGAGGCAUUCAUGGAGUUCAGGUCCUGUCUGGAUACGGCCAUGGCGUUGGGUCUGCUGGACUCGGCUCAACUGGAUGAGCUACAGGCUCGCUUGGCCGAGGGCGAGGAGAUGAUCGGUCGGUACGCUGAGGCAAACAUGAAGAUGACCGAGGGGUGCUCGCUCAAGCAAGAGUUGUCGACGAUAAAAGAACAAGUCCAACCUGCCAUGGCCCGUCUGAAGGAAAAUGACCUCGUUAUCCAAAGAGAGAAUGAGGAACUUGCGAAGGUCGAGGUUCAGAUUGCCGAGCUCUAA